AUGCCUUGGAAAUGUUUCACUCCAUUCAACCAUUCUUGUAAUGCGCAUGCUGAUAAUUCUAUCAUACCCAACAACCUAGUAGUACCUUCGGAUGAUCGAUCCUACUUCUACAUCAAGAUUGUUGCAGAGUUUUCAACACCAUCAGUGGAAGAUGAAGACGGUCUUCCGACAAAUAACCCAGAAAGGAUCGAGCAUGUCCGGCCAUUUUUCGUGCCAUAUGACCAACUGAUACAAAACGAAGCGUCUUGGUAUACCAUAUCAAACAUGCUCUCUUCGGUGCAUAUCCCAUUAGAUACUCAACCAAACAUGUUGCAUCGUAUCAGCCGGUGUGCUCAUGUUAUGGCUCGCACAGCUGACAGCAUGGGACGCAAGGUACUACCUAUGAUAGUCAAAAUCUACCUUGAGAAUUGUGUGUAUUACAAUGAGGAAGAUGAAGUCGAUGUUUUUUCGCAAGAUUCUAUGGAAGAAAUGUUGUCGAGGCAAGUGCCUGCUAGUAAAGCUUCAAUGGAGGACUUGGAGCCAGUGAGAGCUGAAGGCUCGGGUUCCACAAAGCAAUGUGUGAUAUGUCAGGAAGAGCUCCCGAUCGGUUGUGACGCUAAGCAAAUGCCUUGCGCCCAUGUUUUUCAUGGAAAAUGCAUUGUCAGAUGGCUCGAAGUGAGUAACUUGUGUCCACUAUGUCGCUUCCAAUUGCCUAAUUGAGGUGGUCUUUUUUUAUUAUUAUUUUAUUAUCAGCAAAAGAUAAAUUUAUUGAUGAAACUCAGAAGGUCGUACAAACAAAAUACAUCAAUAAAAAGAAAAUUCAGAGAGUUGACAUUGUAUUUGGAUUAUAUAUA